UCACUUGCCAUUGGGGGAGAGCAAGAUGGAGACAUUGAGGUGAGAUUUUGGCUAUUUUGGGGAUGAAGAGAGGUGUAUAGUGAGGUGUUGUAGUUGUAUUUUUAAAAGAGAUAUGGGUUUUGGAGAGGUUUAUUACUAAACCUUGAGUUUUUUAUAAACAAUAGAUCUCUAAUACCAAAUUUCCAGUACAUCGAUAAAGCAUCUCCUUAAUCUCCUUUAUUUUCAUAAAAGCCUUUUUCCUUCCCCUCUUCCCACCUCCUUCCAGCCCUAUGCAACCUUGCCUCCUUCUGCACCAGUUCAGCUGUAUCCUUUCAGCCUAAAGUUGGUCUACAGAAGCUGCCCAUCGGCUGAAGAAUUAGCUGUAAGAUAGGAUUUUAGGGAAAAUGGGUGAGCCAAGUGGGGACUCUGGGAGAAAUUGGGAGGUUUCUAUAAAGGCUUAGUUUGUAGAGGAGAGAGAAAUAAAAAGAUAUGUGAGUCAAAGGGAGGUAGCUGAUAGUAAUAAAGAAGAGAAAGAAUACUUAGUUAGUUUUUGAAUUUUGUGAAAAAGUAUAGUUUAGGAAAUGAAAUGAAUUUGUUUGUCAAAUUUUAAGGUCAUAAUAGGGCUUUGAUAUCAUAAAUUUCUAAUUAUUUCAUUAUUAGAUCUCUUCCCAUUGAAAAUCUUUUACUAGUGGGAAGACGUUAUGAUUAUACAAAAUUCCCCGAUCUUCAAAAACUCUCAAAUUUCUUUAAUCUUCUAUUUUCUCUCUUGUACAAUAUCUUAAAGCAUAUCUUAAUACAUAAGGCCCUCAGUAAUCCUCCUUGCCAUCACCACUGCUGAGUACCUACUUUCAGUAUCAUUAAAAUUCCAAAGACAUCUAGUUCUUUAUGAACUCUCUUGUCCACUUUCCUCAAUAUCCUUCACCACCUUCUUCUCUGCUUGCUCUCUUAUCCGAGCACGCUUGGCUUCCUUCUUCUUCAUAUUAUAACAUGAAUCCUUCUUUUGCAGUCUGAAUAGCAGAAAGGCUCUUUAUCUUACUGAAAGAGCAUCCCAGAGUCAUUCAGAGACUCUAGGACACUUCUUAAGCUAGAUGAAGCGCCUGCUAGUCGAAUUGAAAGAGAAAGAUCAGUUUUCUGCGGUUGUAUAAUUCGUUGGUAAGCACUAUCAACCACUAUAUUAUUAUAUGAGCAUUUAUUUAAACUGAUUUAGUCAUGUAAUAGCCCAAUAUCAGCUUUCUUCUGAAGAGCACGUUCAGUCUCCUUCUGGAGUUUGACGAGGUGAGCAGCUUUGUUGCUUGAAACGUAGUAUUUCUUACUACCUGCUCAUCC